CAUAUUGAUGUGACAUACUAAUCUCUCCACAUAUUGUAUUAUCUUGGAUUUUCUUUUUUAUGCAUAGUUCUUCACAACUGCAGUUUUCUUUGCUUUUCCUUCCCCCUUGAGAAGGUCUUUUGAAUGAAGCCGGUGCUUUCGGGGUGGAGUUCUUUACUAUAAACAAUUACUGGCAACUUUGCCCAUAGCGUUAUUGCAAAAUUUGGCAAUGAGAAUAUUUCCUUCUCUUUUACUAAUCCACUUGGCUCUUCACCUGCCCUUUCUGUUACUUAUCAACGCUGCAAUGUAUCAUCAUUCAAUGAAGUCUGAAUAAUAGUAAAUUGUUGACAGUAAGUCAUAUGUGAAAAUACAGAGAUCCAUAAAACAAUAACCAGGAGAUAAACAGAGCAACUCCAGGAGAGAGCGAGGAGAGUGUCCACAGCUUAAAGGCAUCAGAAGGCUGAAUAUACGAGACCUCGACAGAUUGCUGGAUCAGAAAGUAACAACGCUUUACUGGACGGGUGUCUCCAGCUGUUGCAAAACUACAACUCCCAGCAUACCCAGACGCUUUGGCUGUCCAGGAUUGGAUGCAAGUGUGGAAGAUCAAAAGCAAAAACCGCAUCCCUCUUGUCUCUGGGCUGUGGUCAGGAAACAUUGCUAGAUACAAUGCACCGGAUGAAAAUUCUGGGACUGAUCUCUUUAGCAGUGGCCUCCCUGGUAAUUGGGAUUUUGAUCGGACAUUUUGCAAUUAUUCCUCCACAACUUUCAUGGCUGAGGAAAACAAGCAAAGAUGGUGAUCCCAAGUACAGUCAACAGCUUCAUGAAGAGAUCAAGGCGGAGGAGAUCCACAAAAACUUAAAGUUUUUUGCUAGCAGGCCUCAUAUAGCUGGAAGUGUCCAGGAGGAGGAGGUGCUUGUGAAGCAUAUACAUGACACUUGGAAGUCAAGUCUCCAUGGAUCCAAGAUAUACAACUACAAAGUUCUUCUCUCUUACCCCAAUGCAAGUGAUCCCAAUUAUGUGUCGAUCUUGUCUUCCGAUGGGGUUGAAAGCGAUAUCGCUGCUAAAGUCGAAAAGAUUCUCAGUCCUGACCAGAAUGAUUCUACAGUAGUAAAUCCUUUCAAUGCGUAUUCACCAUCCGGUGUUAUUGUGGGAGAUCCAGUUUAUGUGAACUAUGGUACAGUUGAAGACUUCCAAUACCUAACACGGAAUCUCACAAUGAAUCUUACUGGGACUGUAGCAAUUGCCAGAUAUGGUAAAGUUUUCAGAGGAGACAAGGUGAACAAUGGAGCGAAGUUUGGCUGCGCUGGAAUGAUUUUAUAUUCUGAUCCAGCAGACUAUGUGGUUGGUAGCCUUGACAGAGUAUACCCUGUGGACUGGUGGCUGCCAGGAACGGGGGCACAGAGAGGAACUGUUCUUAUACCUGAUGGCGAUCCCUUAACACCAUUCUACCCAUCUACUAAGUCUGCAUUUUUCUUAGAUGAAAAGGAUAUCAAACUGCCCCAAAUUCCAGUGACACCAAUUGGUUACAAUGAUGCUGUCAAAUAUCUCAGUAAGAUGUCUGGAAUGGAGGUGCCUAAUACAUGGAAAGGCAGACUGAAUAUCACAUAUAGGGUUGGACCAGGGUUCGUUCCACCUUAUGAGGACAGUAAAAUAAAACUUCAUGUGAAAACAUAUAAUGUACAGAAAACUAUCAGGAAUGUGUUUGGAUUUAUUGAAGGACAAUAUGAGCCUGAUCGGUAUGUGGUUUUGGGCAAUCACAGAGAUGCCUGGGUAUUUGGUGCCAUUGAUCCAUCCAGUGGUACAGCGACUAUGAUGGAAGUGAGCAGAGCUCUAUCAAAGCUACUUCAAAAAGGUUGGCGCCCAAGAAGAUCAAUUCUUUUUUGCAGCUGGGGAGCUGAGGAAUUCGGACUCAUUGGCUCUACAGAAAGUGUAGAAGAAUUGGGGAAAGUCUUAGGAUCUCGGACUGUAGCUUACCUCAAUGUGGAUUUGGCUGUUUCAGGAAAUUCCACCCUCCGCGCACUUGCUACUCCCAUCCUGCAUAAACUCCUGUUUGCAUCUGCCAAAAAGAUAGAAAACCCUAAUCCAGAGGAGGUACGGGCAGGACGUAGGUCUGUGUAUGACACAUGGGUGAAGAAUCAGCCAUCGUCGCAUGAUCCAAACAUUCCACGUGUUGGGGAGUUAGGGUCAGGAAGUGACUAUGCACCAUUUCUGCAAAUUAUUGGAGUAUCCGCAGCAGAUCUCAGCUACAGACAUGACCAGAAGUAUUCCAUCGCUUCAUACCCCAUGUAUCAUUCUGUGUAUGAAACAGUGGAUCUUGUCUCUCGUCUUAUGGACCGAGGUUUUUACUAUCAUCAAGCUGUAGCGAGGCUGUGGGGUGAAAUGGCCCUGCGUCUAGCAGAUGAUGUUAUCCUAUAUUUUGACUGUGUGUCAUAUGCAGAGACACUGAAAACAGUAGUCAAUGACGUGCAAAACUCAUAUGGUGCUAAGUUUCUGGAACAUAACAUCACCCUGAGUUCAGUUGAGGAGGCAGUGGGUGAAUUUCUUCAAGCAGCUAAGGUCUUGCAAUCACGUGCAGAGAAAGUCAAUAGAGAAAAUCCACUAGAGGUGAGAGAGAUUAACGAUCAACUGAUGCAACUUGAGAGAUCCUUCAUCGAUCCUCUUGGAGUAGCUGGCAACUUACAAUAUAGGCAUGUGAUUUAUGCCCCUAACCAGCACAAUCUGUAUGCCGCCUCCAGUUUUCCAGGGUUGGCCUCUGCAACGUUUGAUAUUGAACACGAUCCAAACCAGGAAAGACGCUGGCAACAAGUUAAAAAGGAAAUUUCAAUAAUUGCUCACACUAUAGCCUCUGCUGCUAGCACCAUUCAGGACCCCAGAAAUAUAGGUGGAGGCAGCACCAAGAACUAAAGUCAGAUCCUUUACAUAUCAAGAAUCAUCUAAUGAACCAAAGUCUCUUGUAAUGACUUGUGAUUUCUUUGCAGAAUAUAAGUGAUUUAUGUUUUGCCUGGUGUUUUGCUGUUGCAACGUACACAGUUAACUGGAAUAAGGUUUGGGGGUUUACGUUUUGGACUAAAGUUAAUAAAUUAAGGUCAUUCCCCAAUGCUUUUUUUUAUGGAUUCUAAAAGUGA